GAGAGACGAGUGGAGGGGGUUCGGAGAGGGUGGGUGAGUGUUGGCUUGGCUGACCGUCUGCGGUUCUGUCGCGGUGCUGAGAAAUGUUCCUUUUGGAUCGGACCGUGAGCUUUCAUACCUCCCUCUCGCUUUCAAACGAACCGUCUCUCUUCACUCUGCCCUCUUGAGUUUUACAGUCAUGAAACGAAGACUCAAAAUGCAUCAAAAGCACUAAACUUCUGGAAGCACCGUAAAGCGAUCUGGCUGAUGUUGUGCUGGUCCCGGUUUACGCAAGGUGGGGGAUUUGGGUUUGAACCAGUGGCAGAUUUUUACUCUCUUAUAGCGGCUGACCCGGCCUGGGCUUGAGGCAGGGGCGCGAUGCGUCCCAGUGGGACCGCUGGCGCGUGCGCGCGUGCUCCUUUGUUGCCCACGGUGACAUUGUAGUCGGGCGGCAUCACACAGAGGCUGAGUAAUCUCGUUUGUAUCCAAUAAGUGUGUGUGUGUGUGUGUGUGUGUGUUAGGGGGGAAAGCAAAAGGAGAGGGAGCGAGGGAAAGAGAAGGGGGGCUGGGGGAGGGAGGGAGGGUGGAUUGAUCUGAAAUCUUGUUCUGUGGAUUUUUUUUUUUUUUUCCUUCUUCUUGGAGUGAUUUCUGCGCUCUGCCGUGGAGCUUCAGAAGACAAACGAGCGGAGAGGAAACAAGCCGCGCAAACGCUUUCCAGCCUUGUUAGUUUUCUAUCCAACGUUUAACGUGAAUUUGUGAAUGAAAGCGGCUGAAGAAGAGGAGGAGGCGCAGGUUAAGUGGACGCUGCUUCCAGUGCACGGAUCGCCUGCUUUAAUGCGCAAAAAGAAGACGCGUUUUCUCUCACAGAACCAAGCGCUUUCGUCGGGAAGACUUUUGCGCUGUACUGGGGGAGUUGCAAACUUUCUUAAUUUUUAAAAAUAAAUAAAAAGCUCAGAUUGCAUUCUUUCCUCCUUCAAACAUUUUGGAGGUGAUGUCAUCGGCCCGUGUUUUGGCUGCUGUUGCGCUGGAGCUCCAGAAUUGAAUCCGGGAAAUCAGGUGCAGAGAGCUGCGAGCGUGUGCCGCUUUCCUUCUGCUUUCACUUUACCCCCUUCAUCUGACCUGGACCGCGCCGCCGUCUCUCCGGCGCAGCAGCCAUGACCGAGCACGCUCCGCGGUACCCGGAGUCCAGCUCGCCGCCGCCGCGUCUUCGUUGCUCCAUCCCCGUCCAGGUGCUCUGCCUCCCGCAGCGCGUCAUUUCGCCAGUAGCGGACCAGCAGUGACACGAACUCUCAUGCGUGCGCAUGCACUCCACGGAGUUUUAAUCCUUAUCUGUGCAAAGACAUUUUCUGAAGGAAAAGUUACGCUCGGACUGCUUGAAAAACACUGGGCGCGAACCUUUCGCUGGCUGUCGAAAAGUUUUUACGAGCGGAAACGGCGCAUAGGUGUGGGUCGCGUUUGAACUUCGUUUCACCUGUUCCACAGACUCCGGAGGAUUCAGCUUCGCCCCGCCUCCUGCCCGUUACCGACCGCGCACCCCAACCAUCCGUGUCGGCGGCGGCGGCGCUCACACCCCGCUGACCCCUUGCCGCCCGUUGACGGUGAAAAGAUGCAGUCCACCGGCGCCAGCGGGAACAUCCGCGGAGCCUGCAUUCAAACGGAUUAAACAAACCGGAAAGACGUGAAGCUGUGACCCCGAGAGCCGUUUCGCAAGCGCGCACGGAGCCACACUGACGCGGAGGAAGCGAUGUGGGCCUUUCUCUCCACGGUGGCUGUCUUGUAUAUCCAGAUGAUGCUGGUCAUGUGUAAUCCUCUACAGGUGUUUGGAGUGGACGGGGUGAAUUUCAGCGUGCACGUGGAGAAUCAGACUCGUGCACGAGACGCCAUGAGCCGGAGACAUCAUCGCGUGUACCAGCUUUACAGCCGCACCAGUGGGAAACACGUCCAGGUGCUCGGACGCAAAAUCAGCGCCCGAGGAGAGGACGGAGACAAAUAUGCUCGUAGUGGAGGCAGACACCUUCGGCAGCCAGGUGCGAAUCCGAGGGAAGGAAACCAAUUAUUACCUGUGUAUGAAUCGCAGAGGGAAACUCGUAGGCAAGAAGCCAGCAAUCGUAGUGCAGACUGUGUCUUCAUCGAGAAAGUCCUGGAAAACAACUACACAGCGCUAAUGUCGGCGCGCUACACGGGGUGGUACGUGGGCUUCACCAAAAGAGGGCGCCCUCGCCGUGGUCCGCACACGCUUCCCAACCAGCAGGACGUCCACUUCAUGAAGCGUUUCCCACCUGGAGAGCAGCCGGAUUUAACGCCGUUCCGCUUCACCACCGUCAGUAAGAGGAGCAAGAGAGUCCGAGCGGCGCGACCGCGCUAACGCCGAUGCCAAUGUCCCACUGCUAACAUUUACAUGAGGACGAGGAACAAACCAAAAGACAGUCCCAGUGAAAAUGACACUGCUAAUGCGAAGCAGGACCGUCUUGUCUUAUUUGAACAGACGAUGCGACAGCAUCACUUUAUAUUCCACUGGGUUGGACCUCUACAACCCUAAUAAUAAAUACUAGCUAAAUUACACCAGAGCUGUGGUUAAGACAGCUUACUUCAGACACGGAGAUGACUAACCAAAGCAAACGUCUGGCCCAGCGGACGGCAGAGGAAGCAUUGGGCUGCACAUCCAGUGAGUGGCCCACAAUGAAGACAUGAGAAAAACACAAGCACAUUGGCCUGUUGACGCCGAUCGUGUGGGAAAUUUCCUAAGACAAGACUUGGACGUGAUCCCGCCUAAGGGAGAGGAGCAGAAAUCCUUGAACCUGCAGAAGAAAGAAAGAAAGAAAGAAAUGGACACUGAUUGGAAACUAAGACAGAAGGGCUACUGUUAUAUGGGAGCUCCUGGGAUAAGACCUGCCUUAAAGGACACCCUCAGACAAAAAUGAAAAUUCAGGCAUCAUUUACUCACUUCAAGUAGCUCCAAACGCAUAUGUUUUUUUUCGUUCUUUUUUUUUUCCCCACUGCAACAGAGAAUAGCACGCCUGUUUUUCAGACUACAGGUCAUAGUUACCAUGUCUGUCAAGCUCUCAAAAGGACAAAAAAAAAGCACCAUAAAAUGUUCAUUAUGACACAUGCAAUAUAUUCCAGGUCAUACAACAUCAUGAAACAGUUUUAAGUUAUUAUUAAUUAUUAUAUCUUAAUAAAAUGCAAUAAAUAUUUUGUUAUUAUAUAAUCUAUAUUAAUAUUAUUAUUAAUAAAAAUUAAAUGUAUUAAAAAAUUUUGACGUCAAAGUAUUGGAGCUAUUUUGAAACAAUGCAAACACAAAUUCAGACCAAAUCAUGUCCAUGUUACCACAGUUCAUUAGACAAUAAUAACUUAAAUUUGCAAAGAAUUGGUACAAGCGUCAGAUCUUUACUUCCAUAUUGUGACAUACAUUUAAAAGUGAUUUCUAGACAUGGAUCUAUCUAUAUAUAUAUUUAAUUGGUUGUGUUGAAACAGAAAUUUAAUUAGUUGUUAAUUAGUUAAUUUAAUUAGUUGUGAUAAAACAGAAGUAGCAUCAGUUCCAUUAUUUUGUAUCGUUAAGUACAUUUAAAAGUGUAAUUUUUUUUUAUUUAUUUUUUUACCUGGAAAGAUAAUAGAAAUUAAUUAACUAUUUAAAAAAAUACUGGUAAUUUUUAUAAUAAUAAUAAAAAAAAAUGUAUCAAAUGCAUAAAAUAUUUUAUCAGGUCAAAUUUCUAUUUGUGGGUAAAAUAAUAAUAAUAAUAACCACUUUAAAAAAUAUUUGAUUUACUACCACUUGCAAAAAAGGUUGAAAACAAGUAGCAUCAAAUCCUUUCUUCCAUAUUGUGAUGUACAUAUGGAUGAAAUGGAUUAUUGAAAAAGGAAAAAAAAUGUAGGGCGUAGACUUGGUUGUAUGCAUCGGUUGCUGAGUGGAUGUCGAGAUGUGGGUGUGGCAGUCAGGAAGGGGUGGAAUUUAAGCAGACUAAAUCAUUGGAACAUCCUGCAUACAUCACCAAAGAGAAAUCAGACGUUUCACUGGAAGCUCAAGUUAUGAAAUUAUUAAACGUUACUAGGUAAAAACUGUUGAAAUGCAUGGAUGAAUCUUUCAUUAUAAGACCAAUGUAUAAUCGUCAAACAAAAUGACUUCAAAGACUUAGUGCACUAGUCAUGUGGACUACAGUUUUAGCGUUUAAUUUACUUUUGGAGCUUGACUAUGAACUGUUAUUUUGAGGUGAGCAAAUAAUGACGGAAUAUUAAUUUUUGGCUGAACUUUGCCUUUGAAGCUAAUGAAUAAAUGAAUGUAAUGCUGUAUAAGUGUGUGUGCAUGUGCGUGCAAUGGUGUAUUUCAGGUUGCAUUAAAGACCGUGAGGGAUAUAAUCAUACGUGACUUAUUGCUGGAUGGACAAGAUUUACUGGAACUGGAAUGUAAAGGAUAAUAAUGAGGAAACUCUCUUAAAGCUGCACCAAAUACAAACCAAAUGACCAAAGACAAGUGGUGACCAAUGACAGAGACAACCUGAACAGCUCCGAUCCCAUGAGGGCACAGGACGGGUCGCCACGAAAUGACACGAGGAGCAACGUUCCUGUUUGGAUUUUAAUGUGGAAUGCUGCUACUGGGAAAUAUAACGGAGAACCAAAGUCUUAUACCAGCUUAUUAAAGGAAAAACAUUACAAAACUUUUUCUUAAAUAUAAAUAUAUAAAUAUAUAUAUAUAUAUAAAUAAAUAUAUAUAGAUUAAUGCUGACUAAGUGAUAUUACUUUGACUGCUACUAUCAUUGUUGUUACUAUAAAACAAUUCCACUUAUUUAUUUUAUCUCUGUGUAUGGCAAAAACCUUUCCAAAGCCAGUAAACUCUACAGAAACGUGUCUGUGUUUCAAAACAUGCAUGUUGUGUGAGUCGUCAUUAUCAUCAAACUGCUAACAAACAUAUGGUCAGGAAUUCAUGUUUUAUGUAACCCAGGUCAUAUCUACAGACCAAAAUAUACUGCAUUACAAAGUGAUUAAUGCAACGCCCAGGCAACCACCCAAAUCAUUCCAGCAACCACAUAGCAACACCCUGGCAACCACCCAAAACAUUCCAGCAACCACAUAGCAACACCCUGGCAACCACCCAAAACAUU